CUCUCGGCGCGCCGAGCUCUAGACUCUCACGAGUUUUUUUUUUUUUCACGCACUUGGCAGCGUUUUUUUUUGGACCAACCCUUCCGGAGCCCUAGGACGCCCACCUCCUCCGCCACCACCCGCCGGUCUCCGCCGUCGCCUUCCUCUUCAUCAUCAUCGGCGUCGGCCUUCCCCCUUCACCUGCCUCCCUGCUCUCCUGGCCACUACCUCCCACCGGUCUACGCCGUCGCCUUCCUCCCCAUCGUCACCGGCGUUGGCCUUCCCAUCCGAUCUCCCUCAGUCAGAGAACAAGGGGAAGCAAAGGAGAAAGAAACCGACGGAACCCAAGGGUUUUGGUUCGGGCAAGAGAUGAAGGAUCCCUUCGAGGCGGCCGUCGAGGAGCAAGAAUCACCUCCGGAAUCGCCGAUCCCGCCGGAGGAGGACACCGCCGGCGCAUCGGUCGCGGUCGACGGCGACGAGGAGGAGGUCGAAGCGCGGUCGCAGCCCGCUGCAUCGGCACCUUCGUCUGCCCCUGCCAGUGGGGAGAGGGGGAAGGAAGAAGAUGAGGAGGAGGAGGAGAACAUGGAGGAGCUCAGCAAGCUUCCCUCUGAUGGCGACCCGAAUAAACUGGCGAAGAUGCAGGCCAUUCUAUCCCACUUCACGGAGGAGCAAAUGAGUCGUUAUGAGUCAUUUCGGAGGUCUGGUUUUCAGAAAGCUAACAUGAAAAGGCUAUUGACAAGCAUCACUGGAACUCAAAAAAUUUCUGUACCCAUGACAAUUGUGGUGUCAGGAAUAGCAAAAAUGUUCAUUGGAGAGCUAGUGGAGACAGCUAGAAUAGUCAUGACAGAAAGAAAAGAGAGUGGGCCUAUCAGGCCUUGUCACAUCAGAGAAGCAUAUAGGAGACUGAAGCUUGAAGGGAAGAUACCGAAGCGGUCAGUUCCAAGGCUCUUCCGAUAGGGGAGUUUAGACCGUAAUUCAGUGGAUUCCUUGGGCUUUUGUGUGGUGAUGUCGGGUCUACAUUUGCUUGUGCAUGAUGGCUUCUGCUUGGGAAUUGCCCCAUAUUUGGGGGCAUUGGCUUAGAAAUGCAUGGUUUAUGUACUUUUGAUGAUUUCCGCUCGUACGUAUCCACUGGAGUAAAAUGCAAGACCGAGUAUUAGUUGGAUGUUGUUUCAGAAAUUGUGAAGCUUUUCUUGAUGCAUCCGUCGCAGCUCGUGGGCUAGUUAAGAUGAAUCUUCCAUAGUGUUUUCAUUAGCAAUGAUAGGCCAAUGAUUCAGUUCUCUUAUGUACUAAAAAUCUUAGUUCCUCCUGUUUCUAUGUAUCUAAUCUCUUCUUUGACUGCAAGCUAGCGAUGCAUAGUUUCUAAGUAGUAUUCAUGAUUUUGAUCAUUACGUAUUCACUGCAAAGUAGCGAAAGCGUCUUU